CCAUUGAGCUCUGUUUAUCUGACCACGUAAACUCAACUUUUUAAAUAUGACUAUUGAAGACGAAUCGGGCCCAUCUGGCGACUCAGUGGACAUAAAUACCGCUCUUAAAGAAGUACUAAAAGGAGUUGUGAGAAAUGGAGUCAUAGUACAUGGUCUGAGGGAGUCAGCUAAAGCUCUUGACAAGCGACAGGCAUUACUGUGUGUUCUGGCCGAAAACUGUGAUGAGCCCAUGUACAAGAAGCUUGUGCAAGCUCUCUGCUCAGAACAUCAAAUACCAUUAGUUAAGGUCGACUCCAACAAAAAAUUAGGAGAAUGGUCCGGUUUAUGUAAAAUCGACAAGACAGGAAACCCAAGGAAAGUUGUUGGGUGCUCUUGUGUAGUUAUUAAGGACUGGGGCGAUGAUACACCUCAUCUAGAUGUACUCAAAGAUUAUAUGACAGAAUCCAUGUGAUUGUGUUUUAUAUAAUUUUUUAAUAUAAUGUGGUUUUAAGGUG